UGAUACUCUUGGUUAUUGACAGUUGUGUGUCUUGUGUUUCAGUACAUGACGGAGAAGAUGGGGGGCGCGGAGGGCACCAAAUUGGACCUCGAGUUCGUCGACAUGGAAAGGAAAACAGAUGUCACAUUCGAACUGGUGGAUGAGGUUCAGAUUAAAACCAAAGAAUUCCUGCAACCGAAUCCGACAGCGAGAGCCAAGAUGGCUGCUGUGAAGGGCAUCAGCAAACUGAGCGGGCAAGCAAAGGCUUCCACCUAUCCUCAGAGCGAAGGUGUGCUGGGAGAGUGUAUGGUGAUGUAUGGCAAGAAACUGGGUGACGACAGUAUCUUCGGACAAUCACUGUUGGAGUUUGGCGAAGGGAUGAAGCAGAUGGCUGAUGUCAAGUAUUCUCUGGACGACAAUGUCAAGCAGAACUUCCUAGAGCCUCUUCACCACUUGCAAACAAAGGACCUCAAAGAAGUCAUGCAUCAUCGAAAGAAGCUGCAAGGCCGACGGCUGGACUUUGACUGCAAAAGGCGAAGACAGGCUAAAGUGAAGGGCGCUACUAGCCCCUACAACAGCCCCGCCAGGUCUCAGGGUGGCGUUGUCGAUGACGAGAUACGGCAGGCUGAGGAGAAGUUUGCAGAGUCACUCCACCUCGCACAGAUGGGAAUGUUCAAUUUGCUGGAGAACGAUGUUGAACAGAUCUCUCAAAUGACAUCUUUUGCCGAAGCCCUUUACGAGUACCAUCAGCAGUGCACGGAAAUAAUGAGGACUGUCGUGGAGAACCUACAGGAGAAGAAGGUGGAGGCAGCCAACCGGCCGAAAGUGGAGUUUGUGCCGAAGACGCUGGCAGAUCUGCAUGUUGAGGGGAUCUCGGAGAAUAUGAACGGUGGGAGCAUUUUCCACACUGGCAACAGCCACACGUUCAGCCAAGAGCGAGACGACCCAUUUGACCCCUGGAGUGCCAAACCGGCCAGAGGCACAUCCCAAGCGAACUCUCCGACACACAAGCCGAACCAGCUGGAACUGAUAACAAAUGCCCAGCCUCGCUCCACCAACGUGUCCCCGAUGACAUCGCCAGUGAAGAGCUCACCCGCACGAACCCCGGCCAUGAGGGGACCCUGUUGUACGGCAUUGUACGACUUCGAUCCAGAGAACCCGGGUGAACUUGGAUUCAAGGAGGGAGACACGAUAGCUCUACUGAACAAGAUCGACGAGAACUGGUUCGAGGGCAGUGUGAACGGUCGAACCGGCUACUUCCCCAUCACUUACGUGCAGGUCGUGACGCCGCUGCCGUAAACAACAUGGCCAACACUCGCUUCCGUCGUCACUGCGUCAUCAUUCCUCACCACCUUACCAGCUCCCUCUGUAGGCAUCUUUUUAGUCAUUUAAGGUAGUUUUCAUUGUUAAAAAACCAAACUAAUCGUUUUGAUCAAUUGUUAUUAAUUUUGUAUUGCACUGUUACGAUUACAAACUGUUUUAAAAUGAAUGUAUUUUCUAUUUAAUAACAUUUUAGUUAUCUAAUGCUGAUUACCAUGUCUCAAUGAGUGAGAAGACUCGAUUGCUAAAUUAUUCUAUAAUAGAUUGGGCGUGAUGUGUUUUCAAAAUUACCUCUGAGAAUCUUAUUGCUAUAUUAGUUCACACAUAUAAUCAGUAUUUAUUUAUUUAACCUUGAAUCAUCAUGGUUUCAAGGAAAAUCUGCUGAAACACAGCAACAGCUUUUAACAACUAUAAAUUUGUCCCAAAUUGAGAUUAUUUUUAAAACACAUUAUAUUAGUUCAGUAUCAAUAGUUGUCUCACUCAUUCAUGCAUACUUUAUUUUCUAUUUCUUAGUCUACUUUUAACUAUUAUUAAGAUUUUUGUCUUAUUUACUUUUGUUAUUAUGAACAUUCUAUUACAAAAUGUUUACGAAUAAUAUAUUGAAAUAAUAUACAUUUCUUUAAAUUUUGUUUUUGUUCUUGAGUCUUGUGUAUCUGAGUGCAAACCAAAGUUGUUAAAAGUAUUUUUCAAAUACUAUAUUGUCCAACAGUGACGUAUAAUAAAACAAAUGUAUUCAUGUUUUAUCAUAAUUCGUUUUUACAUUGUGCUGGUUUCAUGUCUUUUUGUUUUAUUGUAUCCCUUAUUUAUUUUGGUUCUAAAAUUACUGUUAAGGGUAUUUGUAAAAAUAAUUAAGCCGUAAAUAAUUGGGGCUAGUCUGUUCUAAGUUCAGUAAAUUAGGAAGCUGUUUAGUACUGCACUUUUUUACAGCGUUGUAUAUUUUCAGUAUAAAUAAAGGAAGCCAUAUUAAUUUUGAAUAUUAGUGUUUCAAUACCUUUAGAAUGAUGCACAGUUGAAUUUGUUAAGUGUUAUAAAACAAUGUGAUAUUUUUGUCGGCAUAAGUCAACGACAGCAGUGAUGGCUGAACCGUAACUCUAACCACAACUGUGACCGUGAACCGUUGACUAGCAGGUUGCGUACGGCACACUUAGCUCGUUAGACGCUGUUUCGUUACGUCCCUGCAGCCAUUGUACAUAAUGUAUGUAGAUUACCAUGAGUUUCUUUCAGAUCAACGUAUCAUUUAGUAAAUGUUAAGACUGUGUUAUAUAUCUUUUGUAUUACAUGUAAAUUUUCCGUUACGAGUAGUCGAUGUAUGGAGGGGGAACUAGGAGCUUUUCAAAAUUUUUGUUUCCCUACAAUAUAUGACAGUUUUAAUUUUUUUUAAUAGUCUCAUAGUGUAUUGUUCAGAAGUAAAUUAUAUAACGGAGGUUUGUAUUAUAUAAAAGUUUAUAUUAUUUUUACUGUAAUUAGCUUGAUAUUGUUAGUUUAUAAAUUACAUAUUUUAAUUAUAAAAAUUAUACAUAGAUCACAAAAUGUAUCAACUGACAUUUUUUAACUUAACUUUACAAAUUACAUAUUUCUGUGUUUUAUAUUAUACCAUAUUUUUAUUUUCUACAUAAUAUUAUGGAUUGUGAUAGUAAUAAAACUUAACAAUGUUCGAGUUGUUUUAACUUCCAUUCAAAUGUUAUAACUAAGAUUCCUCCUCUAUUCAGAAAAGUAUAUUUUACUAGUUACGUUUAGUUUUUAGCUUAGAAGAUAUUUCUAACGUAAUCAUAUGAAAAACUUGAGAUUUUGCCAUAUUGGAUUCAAAGCCUGGAUAAAUAUAUUUAGCCAUCAACUGUUAACUUUUACCAGAUAUUUAUCUUGUUGUUGCAUUUCAUCUUCAUACUUACAUUAAAAGGGUGUUUCACUUUCAGAUAACUUAAAAAUCAGAACUUUUUAAUACUAUUGCAAAUUACUCGAUUAAAGCCUAAUACUGAAUAAAUGGUGUAUUUUUAGAGUAAUUUUUUUCAGUUUUGCUGAAGAAUUAAAUUUAUUUAUUGAAACUUUACCACACUUGUAAUUACAGAAUUACUAUUGAUUACUUUUUACAAUUGCAGAAUUCAGAAAAUAAUUCUUUUUGGGCUAUGAAAGGCUGUUUCCAAAAGGUAUAGAACAUUUUGAGUUCUGUGUUCUCUUGAAUAUAUGAGACAAUAAGAAAGUGCAGCACCCUUGUUUGUAAAACUGUGUUCAAAUAACUAGAGUCAUUAUUAUCCUCGUCUGCAUUGUUAAAUAUCCAUACAUCUUCUGUGCUGAAAUGUUCUCUUAUCUUUUAUUGUUUUGUUCUGGUAAAACAAAUAAUCUCUGUAACUCAUUUUUUAAUACCAUCCUGUGAUGAAGAAGAUGAUUCAUAAGCAAGUGCAUUAGUGUGGUAAAGGGAAAGACUUUAAAACAGUUUAAACUGCAAUUUAUUACAUACCGUACUUUGAAGUUAUAAUGCUGCACUAAGCACUCUGUAUAAUCAUUUGUAAAAAACAUUGUGUUCUUCAGUUAUUUAACUUUUUCAAAAUUUGUUUUAGAUGUUAAUCUGAAAUGAUUGAGUAAAUAAGAGAAAAUUCUUUUUCAAAAGUAGCAAUUUUAGCACAGGAGACACUGAAGACGCCUGCAUGCGUGAUGAAGCGUGUAUGUUCCUGUCCCAGCAUGUGUACUGUCGACACGUUUGAUCACGCUAUACUUGACAAUACUCCCCAGCCAGACAAUAUUUGACUGUUUGGUGUCUGUGCCUCCUCCCUUUCCCCUUCACCUGCUAGAAUGUGCGUAAUAGAUGUACUCUCCUCUCACCAAUUGUGCGUUGUCUUUCAGCUGGAAUGUCCGCUAAAAGUGCUGUCAGUUUUCAAGUAUGUGGAACGAGAAUCCUGUAUUGUAUUUUCAAAACAUCACCAAUUUUUCUGUACAGUUCACAUGGUAAUUUGUUCGUGUUUUUGUUGGCUGUAAACAAAAUUGUAAUGUAAAAUACGGAGUGGAGUUUCCAGCCUAUUUAAUAUAAAGGCUAUACAGUAGCAUUAAUAAUCUGGAUCAAUUGGCACCUAAUCCUGUUGGGAUUUUUGAAAUGUCUGAAUUAGCUAAAUGAACUAAAAAAGAGGUAAUGACAAAGAGCUAAUGAAAAGUUAGGUGUAAUCAAUCAUAAUCACCCUGUUAUUUAUGAAAGUAGAGCUGAUAAAUAAAACUAUUCAUUAAUAUAUUAAUAAGCUUUAAAUGUGUAACUUACUGAAAAAAUAACUAUUUAACUUGGAAAAAUAACAUGUUUUUGGUAAAUCUGAACAAGUCUUGUAACAGAUUUGUUUACUGAAAAAUAUCAGUACUUUUUCUGUAUUACCUUAUUCAUCAGGUUUUAUAGACAUUCCACUAAGUUAGAUGUUGUAAAGUAAAACCUGUAUAUGUACAGUAAUGCACAGAAAUGGAGAUUUGACAGCCUUUUAUCCGACUCAAAAAACUAUGUCGCUGGAGAUUGAUGUCUUACUUUUGGAUAAAUUUUCGAAUGUUUAAAUUUUGAUAAACAUGAUGGACUGUGCAAAAAUGAACAGUGUGAAAGGUUUUAUAUUUCUACAGUCAAUACGAAUAACACUAUGUGUAUUUAAUAUUUUAAGACUACAAAGCUACGUCCCAACAACGGACAGAUAGGUUAAGAUACAUUAGAGAAGCUUAUCACCUAUAUCAGCUUUCCUCGGCAGUCAUUGUACGUAGCUUUGGUUGAUAUUAGUGUGUGUGAGGGUCGUUUGAAUUGAAAACCAGUGUAUGCUUUAUAAAUGAUAUAAAAUAAUAUAUAUAUAUAUAACGUGUAAAUAUGUCAUUAGAUGUUGAUUGCCUCCAAUUUUUGUGUAUAUUGAGUUUUCAAUUAAACAAUAGUAGUAUUGAGAUAUUAUACAUUUUUAGAAUUAAUGUUGUAAUUUUUUUAAGCUCUAGAUGUAAAUUGGUAAAGUUAUUUUUUAUUUCAUUUAGUACUGCAUGUUUGUGAUUGUUUAUAAAUUGAUAGUUGUUUUCUUUUGUUCAUAACUUAAUUUUAACUUCUUUAAAACAAUGUCAAUGAAAGAAAGCAAUUUAACUUUUAUAUGCCUUCUGUAACAUACAAAAUUGUAUUUUGUAAUUACUGUUAGUAAAGAAUUUGCGAUUAAAUAAAAACUAAACUAUGUUGAGAAAGAUAGAAUAUAUUUUUAAAGAAAGGGAAACCCAGACAUGCUAGUAAGAAUUUGAUCACAUUUGAUUUUUUUUCAUAAACAAUUAAAGAUUUUCUAAAUUUAAAAAUCUGUUAAUUGUAAAAUUUGACUUGUUAAAAAAUGUUUGUUAUUGUUGUAGUUUAGAUAUCAUCUUAGUGUGAUGAUUCAUCUGUUCUAUUUUUUUCAAAUUAACCAUGUAACGGCAGCUCUGAACUAAAAGUCUAGUUAUUUAAGAUAGUUUAAAAAGCAAAAACGAACUCUCUUGAAAAAAUACAGUUCAAACUGGUAUUGAAACUGUGCAAAACCUAUUAAACUUGCCAAGUAAACACAGAAAUAUUGGUGCUUUAUACAUAUAUUUGAUAAUGAAUGAUUCCCAUUGUAUCCACUAGUGCUAAAAAGUAACGGAGUUUCACGUACUAUAUUUUUACCGUAAUAUUGUUAUUUUAUUGGUUUUAAUUGCUUAUAAGUUUAAGUUAGUUAAAAAUUAUAGAAAAAGUGAGAACAGUAUUAUCAAACUUUCCAUGGAAGGUGCUUAGCUAACCAGUAGACCAGUGCAGUAAAGAAUUAGAGACAAAAUAUCAGAUCAAGCAAUAAAUUUUACAUUAUAUUUGAUUGAUUUUAAAUGAGUGUCAGAUUUUCUUUAUUAUACUGCAUGCCUGUGUGCUACUCGAAUCUAUAUCUGUUAACUCUUCAUAAAGUCUGUAUCUGUUAAAAAAAUUAAAGUAAAAUAUAUAUAAAAAAAACUUGAAUUGUUGUUACCUAUCUCCUAGUUACCCAUUAAGUUGUGUAGCCAUUCUACGUAAGCCCUCCUUACCUUAACAGUUGUACAUUAUGAAAGAAACAAUAAUUAUAUGAUAAUUGUA